CUUUGUUAACCACCCGCCACGAUCGUGUCGCCCAUUACACCUUUUUUUUCUCAUCUCUGAAAGAUAUACAACUCCGAUAACUCUCGCGACCGACCAAGAUGGCACCAAAUGUCACAGAGAAACGCCCUCGAGGGCGACCAAGAAAGACUCCCGCCCCAGACGCCGCCGACGCCGCCAGUGCCCAGCCCAAACGUGGGCGUGGCCGCCCGAAGAAGACACAGCUCGGCUCGGAUCCGAAUCCCGACCUUGAGAUCGACGCUGAGUUCGAGCCUGAGCCCGAUUCUGAGCCUGAGAUCGGUCCCAAGCCGAAGGAGUCCAACGUCGGCCCACAAAGAAAGCGACGCAAGCGGGCCGGGCCGACACCUGAGGAAACGGCCUUCGCUGAGACCAUGAACAAAGGCUUUGCGGAUGUGGCCUUCGAGUUGCGGAGGAGAAACACGAAGGUCAUGGCGAGCAAAAGCAAGCCGUUUGAGGAAGACACUCUGGGCGAUGCCAUCGGCCCCGAUGUUGUCUAUGACGAUGAGAUGGAGAGAGCGUGGAGUGAAUCUCCAGAGCUGGCGGGCUUGAACUUGAUGCACGGCCCGAUGAUGAAGGCUUGGAAGAUUUCCUUGCGCAAGUUCCGCUGCUCACCUCUCGCGAUCGUCACACCAAUGCAAUGCCUCGCUUAUCAGCCGAUGAAGCCCACCCGGAUUCCAGAGCCUGAGUUGUCGGAGACAUGGGGGCAGACCUUCUGCACCAAGUUGGCGCACAUCAUGACCCACUCAGUCUGGGAACGGGACCCUUUGCUCCUGGUCAUGGCCCUUCAAUUCGCUGUCAUCUGUCGCACUGAUGAUCGUCGCGUGUGGCGCAUGCCCGAGACCUCAACCUGUAGGAGCCUCAAAUGGCUCCGGAGGGCCUUGGACUCGGCAGGAGAUGGCGCCCUGCCUGUGUCCAUCAAAAAGAUGCUCCAAGAUGCCCGCGCAAAGGCUAACGAUGACAAGGAUCGACCAGGAAAUCAGUCCAACCUGAUGCAUCACCUCGGAAAGUUGAUUGAGGUCGAGAAGGGGCCUCAUCCAACGGAAUUCCAGGGAUUCCAGGUCUAUGCCGUAAACAUUCACGACUUGGACACGAUCCAGAGCGCUAUCGACUCCUUUUCUGACAACGCGGGCUUUACUGCCUUCAUGCCCACCGCGAUGGCAUACGAGGGCUUUCGUGAGUGUCGUGUCACCAACGACGUUCCCCGCGGCAAAGAACAACUCAUCAGGUUCUAUCGCCGGGAAUUUCUCCACCAGAAAAAGGUGAUGGAGGAAGCGUUAUUAGCUGACUCGAAAAGCCCCCCAUCACAAUCUGGAUCGGGUAAUAAUGGAGGGUUCCAGUCCGACCCCCCUCCCACUCCCCGGAGGCGGAGCCCUCCUCCUCCACCUCCGCCUCCUCCUCCACCUCCGCCUCCGCCUCCCCCUAUCACAGAGAAAGGGCAACAGGCUAGCGUGGACCGAGAGAGUAGAUAUGGUUCUGAUCGACCUCGUUCCUCUACAUCAGAGGAAUGGGAAGGGUUGGACCUGGGUCAAGAUCACGGGCCUGACUCUCUGACUGGUCCCGAUCGAGUUCCUCUCCCUACCCCAGAGGAAGGGAAGCGUGCUAACCUAGGCCAGGAUCGGGGAAGUGUUUCUGACCAACCUCUCCCCUCUACUCCAGGGCAAGAGCAGUGGGUUGACUCGGGCCAGGAUAAGGCACUUGACUCUGACCAGGAUAUGCCUGCCACGCCCGGAGUCCCCAUCUUGUCCCUCGAGCAAGCCGAAUUAUUGAGUUCGGCCUUACUCGAGUAUGGAACCCUGCAUGAGCCGAGGACCAUUAUAACCUCUUCAAGAUACCGUCAAGGUGCUCAUUCCGUUAGAGAGAUGAUGCAUUCGAUGCGCGGACUGGAUCUAUAGUUCUCAACACUGUCAGCGAGAGAGAAAAGACCUCGUGGACGCCCGAGAAAGGACCAUCUCGGGUGUCUCCCAUCUGGUGCUGCGCAACAAGGGUUUCGAGUUGGAUGAAAUUUUCGAGAGGCUGUCAUGAUCAGAGAAGAAGCAG